CGAUGGUAGGCGGCGGCGGCCUCCUGGAAAAUGCCAACCCCCUCAUCUACCAGCGCUCUGGGGAGCGGCCUGUGACGGCAGGCGAGGAGGACGAGCAGGUUCCCGACAGCAUCGACGCACGCGAGAUCUUCGAUCUGAUUCGCUCCAUUAAUGACCCGGAGCAUCCACUGACGCUAGAGGAGUUGAACGUAGUAGAGCAGGUGCGGGUUCAGGUUAGCGACCCCGAGAGUACAGUGGCUGUGGCUUUCACACCAACCAUUCCGCACUGCAGCAUGGCCACCCUUAUCGGCCUGUCCAUCAAGGUCAAGCUUCUGCGCUCCCUUCCUCAGCGUUUCAAGAUGGACGUGCACAUUACUCCGGGGACCCAUGCCUCAGAGCAUGCCGUGAACAAGCAACUUGCAGAUAAGGAGCGGGUGGCAGCUGCUCUGGAGAACACCCACCUCUUGGAGGUUGUGAAUCAGUGCCUGUCAGCCCGCUCCUGAGCCUGGCCUUUGGCCCCUCAGCCUGCAUACUGGUAUCCUGGUCCCAGCUCCUGCCAGGGCUGUUACCGUUGUUUUCUUGAAUCACUCACAAUGAGAAACUAACAUUUUGCUUUUUGUAAUAAAGUUAAUUUAUAUUCA